AUGUCGGCCGCGGGGGAGGACAUAGUGCAGCACCUCUCGUCGAAUUCCAACCCGUCCUCGUCCAAGCUCGCCAAGCUCGAGGCGCGCAUGGCCGGCAAGGCCGUCUCGGUGCCGCCCCCGUCGCCGCCGCACCACCCGGUGGUCUCCGCCGCCUCGGCCCCCACCUUCAUGGACCAGGAGGAGCUGCCCGAGUCCUCCUCCUCUUCGGAUGAUGAUAAUGGCGAGGAGUUCUUGAUACAGAAGAACACACUGAAGCGUCCGAGAUCCCCGGACGAUGACCACGGCCUAGCUCUUGGAAAUUUUGAGGGAUCAGCUAAUGCGGCAGCAAAAGUAUUAGAUGUCGCGGACGCACGACUGCCUUCGGAAAACCCAAGCAGAAAAAAGCAAGGCCGUGGAAGGGGACGUGGUGGAACAGGCCGAGGGCGUGGCUCAAAGACGGUUGAUCAAACACGCCAUACUUCGGCUUCCUCAGUAACUGCAUCAAAUGGUCAACAUGACAAAUUAAACAACAUGGAUUCCCGAACAAGUGUUCUACCUGGGAAUGAUGACAGGACUGCUUUACACGAAGAAUUAUCACUGUUACGUGGUAAAGUUGCAUUUUUGGAGGAGGAGCUUAACAAAUCGCGUCAAGAAGCAACGGAGUAUCGCCAACUUAGUGAUAGGUUAGCUAAGGAAUUGAAGGAUUUCAAGGAUCAAGAUCAACAAAAGAAAUCAAAGCAAAUGAAGGUCCUGUCUGAUCUGCUCAUAGCAGUAUCAAAAGCAGAAAGGCAAGAAGCACGGAUGAAGUUAAAGCAGGAAUCUUUCAGACUCGGGAACAUUGGUGUUAUGAGAGCUGGGACUGUCAUAUCUGAAACAUGGGAGGAUGGCCAGGCAAUAAAGGACCUUAAUGCGCAUCUUAAAUCAUUGCUGGAAACUAAAGAGGCUGUUGAAAGACAUCGUAAGUCUCUAAAGAAAAGACAAUCAUCUGAUAAGGGUGACGGGAGUGAUGCUGAAAAUAGCAUGUCCGAGGAAGAUUUCCUCUUACAGGAUGAGAUAUGUAAAUCUCGGUUAACAAGUAUCAAGCGGGAGGAAGAACAGUAUCUGCGAGAAAGAGAUCGAUAUGAAUUGGAAAAGGGUAGGCUUAUACGUGAAAUGAAGCGUCUCAGAGAUGAGGAUGGAUCCCGCUUUAAUAAUUUUCAAAUUCUUCACCAUCGAUAUGCUCUGUUAAAUCUUCUUGGAAAGGGAGGGUUUAGUGAGGUGUACAAGGCUUUUGACUUGGUGGAAUACAAGUACGUGGCCUGUAAGCUUCAUGGUUUGAAUGCUCAGUGGAGUGAGGAGAAAAAGCAAAGCUACAUACGGCAUGCGAUUCGUGAAUAUAAUAUCCAUAAGACUCUGGUGCAUACAAACAUUGUCAGGCUAUGGGACAUAUUCGAGAUUGAUCACAACACAUUCUGCACUGUCCUAGAAUAUUGCAGCGUCCUUAAAGCAACGCCAAUUCUUCCAGAAAAGGAAGCAAGAAUCAUAAUUGUUCAAGUAUUUCAGGGCCUUGUUUAUCUUAACAAAAAGGCUCAAAAGAUCAUCCACUAUGACCUCAAACCAGGCAACGUCCUCUUCGACGAAGUUGGUGUUACGAAAGUCACAGACUUUGGCCUUAGCAAGAUAGUGGAGGAUGACGUUGGGUCUCAGGGAAUGGAACUCACUUCUCAGGGAGCUGGAACCUAUUGGUAUCUGCCACCAGAAUGCUUUGAUCUCAGCAGAACACCAUUUAUUUCAUCUAAGGUGGAUGUUUGGUCAGCCGGUGUGAUGUUUUAUCAGAUGCUAUAUGGGAGGCGUCCUUUUGGCCAUGACCAGACCCAAGAGAGAAUACUUCGAGAAGAUACAAUUAUCAACGCACGCAAGGUGGAAUUCCCUUCGAAGCCAACUGUAUCAAACGAAGCAAAGGAACUGAUACGCCGUUGCUUGACAUACAAUCAAUCGGAGAGGCCAGACGUUCUGUCAAUAGCUCAAGAUCCUUAUCUCUCUUAUGCAAAGAGGUAG